AUGCCGUCCACUGAGAUCGACAAGGAGGAAGUGAGCCACGCCGAGGAUGGGCCGACACCAGUGCCUUCGUUCACCGAGGCCGAAGGCAAGCGCGUGAGGCGCAAGGCCGACUUCGUCCUCCUACCCAUGUUUUGCGCUAUCUACGCCCUCGGCUUCCUCGACAAGACGGCCCUCACCUAUGCCUCGGUCAUGGGCAUCCGCACCGCCGCGAAGCUCACUGUCGGGCAGUAUGCUUGGCUUGGCUCCAUUUACUUCUUCGGCUACCUCGUUGGAUGCUACCCCAUGGCCAUUGGGCACCAGCGAUUCCCCGCUGCCAAGUUCACCAGCGCCACCAUCAUCUUGUGGGGCGCAACGACCAUGAGCACCGCCGCGUGCAGCACGUACCCGCAGCUUAUGGGCGUCCGCUUUCUCCUCGGGUUCCUCGAAGCCACCAUUACGCCCGCUACGGUCAUGUUCACGGCUGAGUGGUACAACAAGUCGGAACAGGCAACGCGCGUGGGCAUAUGGGGCUCGUUCUCGACAUGGGGCGGAAUCCUGGGCGCCGGCGUUGCGUACGGCCUUUCGAUGCGCGAGGUCGAGGCCCGUUGGGGUAACAGCGGCACUGUCAUGGCCAUUGCGAGCUGGAAGGCCAUCUUCAUUUUCCUCGGCGGCUUGACUAUCCUCAUUGGUUUGCUCUUCCUCUUCCUUGUGCCCGACACGAUCGACGGUGCUCGCUUCCUCAGCCCCCGCGAGAAGGAGGUCGCAAAGCUCCGCACCCUUGAGAACAAGCAGCACAUUGCGGAGACCCACUGGAAGUGGUACCAGGUGCGCGAGGCGCUGCUUGACCCAGCGGUUUGGCUGCUUUGUAUGAUCAUCGUGCUCUCGUUCAUCCCCAACGGUGGUAUCACGAACUUCUACGCCAUCAUCGUGCUCGGCAUGGGCUUCACGGUCCAGGAGACGCUGCUGCUUUCCAUGGCCAACGCGUGGCUCUCCAUCGGUCUCAUCGUCACCUUCUGGACGGCCGACAAGAUCCGCUGCCGCUCACUCGCCGGCAUCCCGCUCACCAUCGUCUCCAUUAUCGGCGCCACGAUGGUCUGGGCGCUUCCGCGCAACCAAAAGAUUGCCCGCCUUGCCGGCUUUUACCUCUCGCUCGCGUUCGCCAUUCCUACCUUUGUCGCCAUGACGUUCCUCACCUCGAACAUUGCCGGGCGCACCAAGAAGACGUUCGUCACCGGCAUGAUCCUCGUCUUCAACUGCACGGGCAACCUUAUCGGGCCCCAGACCUUCCGCGACAAGGACGGGCCCGUGUACGCGCCCGCGCUGCUGACCUUCGUGAUCUGCAACGCCAUCAACCUCGUCCUCCUCGUCACCAUGUUCUUCUACUACAGGUGGCAGAACGCCAAGCGCGACAGGCUGUACGGCAAGCCGGUAGCGGAUGAGGACCACUUUGUGGACUUGACCGAUGGUGAGAACAAGUCAUUCCGUUACGUGUUGUAGGAGGAUUUCCUGAGGAGUGGAAUCGGUCAUGG